AGCAGGAUUGGCUGAUGAAGAUAAAAGCAAAACGGAAAAAGAAGCAGAUACAAUCAGUGAGGUCAUGAAAGCUAUCAAGAGAACUCUGAAAGGUUUGAGAUUAAUAUGGUUUUCAGAGUUGUGUGUUCCAUUUUGAAGAGAAAAGUAGGAAUUAAAAAAAAAAUGUUUUAUGGUUCUCACAAAAGCAGCAUGGCCUCAACUUGGUAACCCCUAUUUGAUGUAGAUGAUGGUUUGGGGAAUUUUUGUUCUAAUUAUGAAUGGAAAAGAAUUAGAGAUCCAGUGCACAGCUGUUUCUUAAGGCAGCUUGUACUAGGAGUUUGAGAGGUGUCUGCUGAAUUCCAUGGUAAAGCUUAUUUCUUCUCAUCUUCAGGUGAAAAAGACAUCAUCAUUGUGGGAGACUUCAAUCUAGCUGCAGAUGCAAAUGGUAGGUGGUGCAGCUCUUUGUUUUGACAAGACUGCCGUACCAGGUGUAAAUCAUUUUAAUGAAUCUUAUUUCUUUGGAAAUCUCUUUAAAAAUUCUAACCCUGUGCAGGACAGUCAGUAAUUCUUUUAAUAAGUUCCAUCACUCGCGGAAAUGACAGGGCGAUACCAGGAAAAAAUUAAUAGUUUACCCUUUACAAUUUUUUUUCCUUCUUUUUUUAUUUCCAAAACUCAUUAAAGAACAAAACUUUUUAGUUUAGAGGUGAUAGCAUGUUUCAAGGUCAUAACAUGUUUCAAGGUCAUAUCAUGUUUCAAGGUCCUAGCAUGUUUCAAGGUCAUAGCAUGUUUCAAGGUCCUAGCAUGUUUCAAGGUCAUAACAUGUUUCAAGGUCCUAGCAUGUUUCAAGGUCAUAGCAUGUUUCAAGGUCCUCUCAUUUUUUAGCCACUAGCCAGCAUAGAAUUUAAAAAAUUAUUUUUUAUGUUUUUUGUUUUUUUAAAAUUAAUUCUUGUUCAAAAUAAUUUUUGAACUGACAGCAUUAAAUAAUUGUUGACUAACCUAAGUGAAAAUGAUCAUACUUACCUUAGUGAAUGUUUCUCUUGACCAGCAUUUGAUGACAUGUGUGCAGAAGGCUAUAAGCCUUGUAUUUCUGCUGAAACCUUCACCAACAUCAGCAACAAGAACCCGGCAGGCAGCAAGAACUACGACAACAUUUGGAUUAAUGCAGACACACGAGUAUUUACAGGUGAGUGUACAACAUUAUUUAGUGUGGUGAAUCAGAGGUUGAUACUGGUGCACAGUGUAGGGGCUGUCACUGGUGCUCAAGACACUUUACAGGCUGUUCCAGGUUCUCAAGACAUUGUACAGCUUCUGACUUCAAAAAACUUUUUUUUUCCUCAUUUCAUUCAUUUCCGUUCCUUUUAACCAAAACUGUUGUCAUUGCUAUUUAGUUGAAUUCUGUCUAUGCUCUGUCUGGCUUUUACAUUUAACAUUUUACAUUAGACAGCAGUAUUCAAAGAUUGAAUUUGUAAUAAGACUGCAAUAAGGUUAGAAAAACAACAGAAAAAACAAUAUAAAAAUUAAAAUAAGCAUUGCUCUUGCUAUCCUCUUGGAUACUACAUACCAGCUAAGUGUUAUUUUAUUUAAUUUUGUUUUUACUGUUUUUUAUUCACUGAUGAAGGCUUGCUGCCGACACCUUCAUUUUUUUGUUGCGUUUUUUUAUGUCCAGGUUUCCUGUACAGCCUUUUGCUCAUUUCCUUAAAGAUAGAAAAAAAUAUUAAGACUCCCCGUCGUAAUGCAUCAACACAUUGGGUUUAUGAAUGUGUUUUUUGCUAGAUAUUGGACAGACUGACUAAAGGAAAGCAUUGAUGUGUGUGAAUCUCCCAUCACUGAGCACGGAAUAAUAGGUGCUACUGAUUACCAGCUGACAGAAAUUAGUCUUAACGUUGUUGAUUUCUGUAAGUGAUUCUCAUAUUUCUCGUCCUUACUUCCAGGAGUCAGUGGUGUUGUCAGAGAAGGCCUCACUAGCCUCUGGAUUCCCAAUGGAUGGUCUUGGGGUGGUGUGGUGAGUGACCAUUGUCCAGUCUAUGCCCAGCUGUACUGUGAUGUAGAUCUGGACAGUGAGGAUGUAACAGCUAAGGAUGUGAAAUUCACUUUGACCCACGGAUGAUGAUUCUUUUUUUUUAAAACUUCCGACUCAUAAUCCUGGUGAAAAAAAGGAAUCCUCCAUUUGUGGAGAGUUCAUCUAACUAGCCCGGUGGUGACGCCUGCAUUUUCAGAACAAAUGAGGAGUUUGUAAAACAUAUGGUCACAUGAGAUGUAAGGUCAGUUGUUUCCAAACUAUAAUUUGACCUAUUGAACUGUUGAACUAUAGUUCUGAUUGAAUUCUGUUGGCCAGUCUUCAGCU